GGUACGAUCGGAAAAGCUUUCCAUCGGAGUUUAAACUAGUAAAUAGUUUUUAGAAGUACAAAACAGCUGAAUCACAAUUAAACUACAGUUCCGACAAAAAAAUACUAUACACGCUAACUUUUCUUAUACCACCUCCAACGCAGAGUCAACGCUUACCAGAAAUAUUAGUCGUCGAGUCAUAAUAAAUGGUCGGUUGGGCUAGCUGGUGAGUUGGUUGGCCUUUGCUCCUUGACACAUGACAGUAAUAGUCAAGCAAUAGAGCCCAUCCCAACUCAACUGGCUUCCACUUAGUUUUGCAUCUUUUCCCUCCUUUUGCCCUUUUCCUUAGUGCCUCUCCCUCCAUUUUUUUUGUCUAUAUAAAUACGGAAACCGCGUCUUCCCCUGCCUGGCAUCUAUAUCAAGCAACCAAAGGAGAAGAAGACCAUCGUUCAUCUUCAUCAAAGGAGGAAAUAAUGGGAGGAGGGAAUGGGCAGAAAUCCAGAACAGCUCGGGAGAGAAACAUGGAGAAGCUCCAAAAGGCCGCCAAUAAGGGAAGCCAGCUUCAGUCCAACAAGAAGGCCAUGACCAUCCAGUGCAAAAUUUGCAUGCAGACGUUCAUAUGCACGACGUCGGAGGCCAAGUGUCGGGAGCACGCCGAGGCCAAGCAUCCUAAGUCUGAUGUCUUCACUUGUUUCCCCCAUCUCUCCACCAAGUAAUAAUGGUGGAAUAGCUACAAUAAACCUGCAACUCCAAAGACACGAAGAAAGAGAGAGAAGCAGCUUAGCUUUAUGUAUUACAUGUGUGAUCAAUUUGUCUACCCAUGAAAUAUGAAAGAAGGAUAUGUAUAUGGCGACAACCAUCUAAUGAAUCGUGAAGUUCCUGUUCCGAAAUUGAGAUAUAAUUCAAAAAAGAGCUGUAUUUAACGUAAGA